UCAGAUGUGACCUAGCGCCGGUAGCGUCGCAGGUCCAGUGGGGAUGACUUCAGGGCUUUCGAUUUGACAGAACAGAGGGGGAAAGUCAGCCGAGGUAAAAACCGCUUAAGCCUUUGUUUCACUGCUUUGCAGAAAGCGGGAGGUGAUACCGUCGGACCUUGACGUUAUGACAAAGUAGGAAUAAAGUAAUCCCAUUAGCUGGAGCAGCUACCAGACCUCCCUGUCGCAGGACCCCUUCUGGGAAACGCUGCAGUGUGAAGAUGAAGUGUUCAGCUUGCGGCCAUCAUAAUUUGGAGAAGACAGCCAAGUUCUGCAAUGAGUGUGGCCAGAAGAUGUCUGUCCAACCUGCAAACACACAGGAUGCAGAAAGUCAGCCGAAAUCCUUGGUAGCUGACUUGAAAAGUAACACUGAGAAAUCAGUGUCACAGAAAAACAUCCCACCUGCUGACAGCAAAGAAUCCAAUAAAUCCCCAAAACAAUCGAAUGAAGAGAAAAUCAGCAACCCAAAGAAAAAGAAAAAAAAGAAGAAGAACAAAAAAAAGAAGAAAGAUGGCAACAUGUCGUCAGAACAAGAGGAAAUCCACUCUGAUCUGUCACAUGUCUCCACGGGAGACAACCAAAAGAAGAUGACGCAGGGCGGGAGAGACACUUCUGACAGUGAAAGUUCAAACAUUGCAAUGGAUGAAACAUUAGACUCACCCCAAGAUGAUUUCUCCUCAAUGGAAGGCCAGUCUAGUUCCUUAAUAGCAAACAAUAUCGCUGCACCAUCUGAAGGCACACAAAUCAGUGAGAGUGAAAAGACUGCUGCCACAGCGGAGGCAAAUGCAGCGAGGCAGUCAGAGGAAGCUCCAGGUAACUCUAAUGAGGGAGAGAGCAAUGCACAGAAAUCAACUCAGGAUCAGACACUCAAGACAGCACCAGCUGACACUCCAACUCAACAUCCCACCUCAGAGGAAAGCAAGAGUACGACUCCUCAGACAGGUUCAGGUAAAGGGAUGAAGGCCGCUAACCCAGAAGAUCAAAAGACUGACAGGAAAAACUCAAAGAAAGACACAGUCACCACUAAACAACCUACACUGGACCAAAAUGCCAACGUGGAACCAAAUGUGAAACAGACGGGACAAACCAAACAGAAGCAAAACACUCAGAAAGACCAGAAACAGAAGCAGACUGCGACAGCUGAACAAAAGAUGGUUUUUGGUCCUCAAACGUCAUCCAAGGCUGACAGCACAGGCUCCAGUGUGGACCCGGAGGUGAUAGUUGAGCACAUGGUGGUUCAGCAGUCUCCAAGCGGGCAGAAGUCGACUCCAGCACAAACCUCAGACAGUGACAAAGGAACUAAAGACGGCAGUAAUAACACAGAAUCCAACACUUCAGCUGGCCCACCACCCAAAAGGUCGACUAGGAACCAGACCAUUUCUGCAUGUGACAGACUCACAAUUUACUUCCAUGCAGUUCUCUCAAAGGAUUUCAAAUUUGAUCCAAAAGAAGACCGUAUCUUCGUCAGGGUCGGGUCUCACAUUGGGACAUGGGAAAAAGAUGCAGCUGAGCUGUGUGUGAGCAGGGAUCUUCAAGACCAUGGUUUUCUUGUUGAGGGCAGACUGAUGGCAAGCAAAUCUAAAGCUGAAUCUCAGUCGAUACCAUACAAAUAUGUUGUCUAUAACAGCAAAAAGAGCAAAUAUGAGUAUGAGUUCAUAUACAAACUGGAUUCUGCGCAGGCAACUACCAACAGAUGUUUGUUUGUGAAGUCCCACCUCCUCAAUGAUGAAGGGGACUGGCACCAAUAUGAUGACAUCAUCUGUGCCCCACCAUCAAAGAACAUGCUCAAACGCUUGACGGACACCAUUAAAGGAACCUUUUGGCCUGAACAACGGACAAGGCUGAUUGCAGGCAGAAAUAUUGCAGGGAAUAUAAUGCUGGGGACCAUAUUUGAUCUUCUUAGUAGCUGGACUGAUACCAAUUUGAGAAGUUUUUUGAUCCAACUGAAUCAGUUCUUUGAGAUUUAUGGGGAACCUUUUGUUUAUGAGGAGACGCAUAAGAAAUGGUACUCCUUAGACUAUGGAAAAGAUGAUGUGAGAAAGAUGCUAAAGGAGUUCAUGCUGACAAACGUGGUUCCUCAGUUGGUGAACCAUGGAGAUGGGAAGAUGCUCUACAUUCAGGACCCCAUGCGGGCGGCUGUGAUCAUGCUUUGUGUAUGGAAACAGCAUGGUAUCAGACUACAUGAAGCUGAGCUUCAUCGGCUGUGCACUGCACUUUGCCCGCCCAAACUGAACAAGGAUGGUUUCCUUAAGUACUGGGCAGAUUUUUCAAAGGAUGUCUCUAUUCUCAAAAAUCUGCCAGAAAACGUUGGUUCUCUGAUAACCGCUGUGAAAACAGCUGGAAUGCCUCGAUGGAUCCUGGUACUACCGCUCCUCCACCUGCUCAAAGGCACCACAAAGCCAUUUGAAGUGCUAACUCCUGGAAACUUGAAGUACAGCUCAUCCUGGGCAGGUUUGCAUGGCCUUGAAAUGGGUAACUCAGCAGGAGCAUACAUGAGCAGUCAAGAGAGGAAGGCACUGGUGAAUCUGAUGAAAAGCCACAGCCACUUGAUGGAGGUGGAUGCAGUUUUGGUGCGAUCCUGCUUGUACCUGAUGUCAAUUGAUGAUCUUAUGGAUUGUAUCAUCAACAUUAACACUGAGCUUUUGGAUGUGCUUCAUGUUUUCACUAAUAAAGCUCCUCAGGAUAUUACCUACACUAACUUCCAGACAGUAUCUGACAUUCUCUCACAUAUCCAAGGGCAUCUCAUUGAGAAAAAAUACAGUUAUUUUAAUGAGGCUUAUGGGAAAGAGUGCCUGGCAACAGCAGUGAAACUGUUAGAGAAGAUCUGCAAAGGAGUCAAACCAGCAUCAUAUAGCCAGAACUACCUUGAUAUUCCUGUAGCCUGCAUGAAUCUGGUUGCAUCAGUCUCAGACUUUGUUCAUUGUAAAAAGCAACAGGAGACUCAAGAAGUGGACAAUGACCAGGGAUAUGCAAAAGACUUGGUCUCUCAGGCGAUGAUCAUUAUGAGACGCUGGAUCAGUUGGUCCUACAGACAUGGUUUGCUCAAAAAGGGUCUUUCAUCGCUGUACCGAAUUGAGGCCACAGUGGAGAUUGAAAUGUGGAACAACAUAAUCUCCAUCCACUUCAAAAAUGAAGAUUGCACAAAAGAAUGGAGCCAGACGUUCACAAAGGAUUUUGAGGGCAAGUACAAACAGGAAUCUGCUGUGGAUCAAAUUGAAUUCUACUGCACAAAGAUAGAGGAACUCAGUGGUUCUCUUCCACAUGUUGCUGCUAGUAUUGAGAGGUGUGCUCUUGAGGCUGUUACAUUUUUGUGCCAGACCAAGUCUGAGGGCCUACUGUUUCAAAGGUUCAAGAUGAACUUUAAGUUUGGGAAACUCAUCUCAGCCAUUAUCCAGAAAUCCUGGCCAAGGGACCAUCAAGGAAAUUAUCGGGAAGAUGAAGAAGUGGUCCUUCGGCACCUCCUUUCCUGGACUGCUGCCAAGGACAUUUUCCGACUACACGGUGCAGAAGAAAAGCUGAUUGAGGAGCUCACUCAAGAUGCCAGGGACAGAUUUGCUAUAGCCAUAUCAUAUUUCACAGCCAUCAACAAUCAGCUGGUAAAUGGCACCAUUAAGAUCAGCUUGCUCAAUAUCAUUAUGGAGAGGAGAGACGCUUUCAUAGAACUGCUGAAAAUCGAUUGCCUCUCUGAGAAUGAACAAUACAAAGAUAAUGCCAAAAUGAGGAGGCUGUUACAGUGCAGACAAGCUGAAAUGAAAGCUGUGUACCAUGAGAAGAAGCUUGUGGACAUCUUCUUAACAAUGACCCAUAAACUUGAGGAACAUGUGACAGUCGAUGUUGCUGACCUGGAACAGAGACAACAGGUCAACAUUGAGGUCAUGCCCCUAAACCAUUUUAUGGAGGUUCAUCAGUUUGAUCAAAUGCCCUCUAAGGUGGCUGGUGUUGUCACCUACUUCAGUCUGGAUGAAGAAAUCAGACAAAUGGCAGAGGUCCUUUACACCUUCAGAGACAGUUAUAUAUUCAAAAUAUGUUGGGAGAAACAAGCCAAACUUCUGGCCCCUGAAGAACUAGAAGACGAUGAUACUGAUGAACAUGAAGUAGAGGACAUUUUGGCAACACCAGCAACGAUACAUGAUGACAUUUUCAUGCCUUGCUAUGCUGAUUACAAAGCCAUCUACACUUGUCUGAAGAAUGGCAGUAUAAAGCUUGAGGAGGUUAACCAGCUCUUUGAAGCGUACAAAGGCAAGUACGAAGAGCUCGCACAGGACCUGGACAUCAUGUGUAGAGUUGAUAAUUCAACUGACAAACAGUGGAUCCACAGCAGGGUUCAACAGAUCGAGCAGUAUCAUGAGCUUCAUUUAGCUGUGGCUUCAGCUCAAAUCAUCAUGAGGGUCAAAGAGACACUUUGUCUUCAGGGGGACUUCAAGGUUCUGGAGACUCUCACAGAAGUUAGUCAAGCAGAUUUUCAGAAAGAGCAGCUCAAUCGGAUUGACAAUGACUUGAUGCAGGCAAAGAAGGUUCUGGUGGACAUCACUGAGCCCCGCAGACUGUGCCUACAGGAGCUUGGACUCAGAGGACACUUUGUUAAAUGGUUGAAAGAUGCACUUGAAGAUAUCAAUGAGUUGAAGGUGUUCGUUGACCUGGCUUCCAUCUCUGCGGGAGAGAAUGACAUGGAUGUUGAUCGUGUUGCUUGCUUCCAUGAUGCCGUCCUUGGGUACUCUUCAAUGCUUUAUGAGCUCAAACCAGACUCUGGUUUUCCCACCUUCAAAGAGGUGCUUGUGAAGCUCUGGAGAGCUUUGGAGAAUGACAGCAACCUACCGAAAAAACUGCGGGACAGUGCACGCCAUUUGGAAUGGCUGAAGACUGUGAAGGACAGUCAUGGGUCAGUGGAGCUGUCAUCUCUCUCAUUAGCAUCAGCCAUCAACAACAAGGGUAUCUACCUGAUCAGUGCACAAAGAGUAAAAACGUUGAGUCUUGAAACUGCACUGAAGCUGCAGAUCCCAGAGGAGCAUGAUGAGGGUCAGCAGAUGCGCUGCUAUUCUCUGGAGGACCUGCGGGAGCUGCAGAACAAACUCAUGCUCAUGUCUGGGAAAGGGGAUCAAGGACACUAUGAAGUUGAUCACUUUGCAGAGGUUUUUGCCAGUGUUCAAAGACUAGCUGAGGCAUUUAUAGCCCUCUACACUGCUGGAAAUCCUCUCUUCAGACACUGGGAAGCACAAAUCAACUGCUGUUUAAGCAGCAAUGAACCCAGAAUUAUGAUGGAUUUCAACCUGGGCAGUGUUCUCAGUGCUGUCAUCCUGGAGGGCAGCAUAGAGGAGCAGCUUCCUGAACUUUGCAGGAAAAUGGAGAAAUGCCUGGAGUACUGGAUGGAUUUUGUAGACAAACAAAGAUCCCAACAUUACUAUCUGAACUACUACACAGCCGAACAGAUUGUCUACCUGUGCAGCAAGCUGACACAACAAAAUGUGACAAAUGUGGAGGACCAAGUUCUCAUGAUGCUGUCCUUCGUCAAGCCAAAUUGCACAUCAUCAGACUUGAGGCAAGUAUGGCAUGCACUCCAGUAUGAAUUCCUCACCAAACCACAAGAGCGAAAUGAGGACAUUGAGUUUCAAACUUUUGUUGUGGUGCCAAAAAAUGACCUAGGAGACCCAGACUUCCCCAGCGAACUGGAUCCCCUGCCAAGCCUUGUGGAACAAACACAUGGUUUGCAAACAUUUGAUCUGAUUUGGAAUGCUUAUAUGAAAAAUAUGAAGAAUUUUCUCACGCACAUUCUUGAUAUAAAAAGUCUUGGACGACUGUUGGAAAUACUGGCUAACAGAGAAGAUGAGCGUGAAGAUGAUGAGAGUGAAGAAGACAUUUCUGAUGAUAACACUGGGAAUUUCAUAAAAAGGCACUUACCUAAGGGCCUGGUCACCGGGAAUCCUAACCUCAUCGUUUGCCCGCACGAUGAGGUCCUGACAUCUUGCAUCUCCAUUUACAUGAGUAGUGAAGGCGAGACACUUCCCACCUAUGAUGAAGUCCUCCUUUGCAACUCUUCAACACCAUACGAACAGGUGGAGCUAUUCCUCAGACGCUGUCUCAGCACAGGCUACAGGGGACAGAAGAUAUACUCUCUACUGUAUGGAGAUCUGCUCACUUAUGAUGUGAGCUCUAAACUUGAGAACUUUUUUCAGCGAAUGAAAAUGCAGAGCAGGAAAGACUACAGACUUGUUAUCAUCUGCAGCUCAGAAAGAGAAUAUGCCUACCUUCCAACAGCAUUCAGCCAGUACAAAUUGCACAUGGUUCCUCAGGAGUCACUAGUGAGCAUCCAGAACUUCCUCCACAAACACUACAUUGUCCCAGCAAAUCAGUGCAGUGCAGCAGCUGCAUUCAAAGAACGACUCUGCGUUGGUGUCGUCUCAUCCAAAAGGGCUGGUGUUGGUAAAUCUCUUUAUAUCAAGAGGCUGUAUGAAAAACUGAGGCACUCAACCAAAAAGCAGUCAAUGAUGAAAUGCAUUCGCUUGAUUGAACCUAAUGUUGAUGAGAAUGUCAUCCUUCAGUCUCUUUUGGACACCCCCAAGAGAAAAGAACUCACAAUGUUCCAUUUUGACGUCACAUCAUCGGUGCAGAAAGGCCUCCAUGAGUUUCUUUUCAAAUUGUUGAUUCUGCGCUAUUUGAUGGAUUCUGAGGGAAAGAUGUGGAAGUGCAGUGACAAGCAGCUUUAUGUCAUGGAGAUUUUAGAGCCGACUGUCGGGUCACCCAGAGAUGAUUCACGGCAGGCUCAAACUGUGAAAAGCACAUUCAUAGACGUGUUCCCAAAUAUUUUCUGCCGACCACCCAAAGAGGUGCUAAUGCUAGAGAUGAGGAAGGAAGAAGAUCCUACCAUUGUGAGCACUGACGACCCAUUGAUGGAUGAUGAAGAAUUCAAGAGUGCAGCCUUUCAGCGGCCAUAUCAGUAUCUUACACGGUUUCAUAACCACAGUGAUCUUGAUGUGUUCACAUAUCAGGGUGUUGAAGGGUCACACGUGGAAUGUCUUCAGAUGCUUCUCAUGUACUGCGGCAUUAUGGACCCAUCCUGGGCAGAACUGAGAAAUUUUGCAUGGUUCCUUAACCUUCAGCUGCAAGACUGUGAGACAUCUGUUUUUUGUGAUGCCACUUUCACUGGAGACACGCUAACAGGAUUCAAAACCUUUGUGGUGGACUUCAUGAUUCUGAUGGCGAAGGACUUUGCCACUCCGUCACUCAGCAUCUCUGACCAGAGUCCUGGCAGACUGCAGAUGGACCUGACUGGCCUCAAAGAUGAAGAUUUGACUCCUUUUCUGAUUAGAAAGAGAUGGGAAACAGAACCACAUCCAUACAUCUUUUUUAAUGAUGACCAUGUGUCCAUGACCUUCAUUGGUUUCCAUCUUCAGCCCAAUGAAAAUAACUUUGUCGAUGCCUUUGAGCCUACCUCUGGAAGGGUGAUAAAAAAGAAUGUCAUGACAAGGACAUUGUAUGAAGGCCUACAGCUACAGAGAGUCCCUUUCAACGUCGAUUUUGACUGCCUACCAAGAGCGGAGAAAAUAGAGCGAAUCUGCAAUGUUCUUGGUAUCCAGUGGCCUCUUGACCCUGAUGAAACAUAUGAACUUACAACUGACAACAUACUGAAGAUGCUGGCAAUCCAUAUGCGGUUUAGGUGUGGCAUCCCUGUCAUUAUCAUGGGCGAGACAGGAUGUGGUAAGACGAGACUCAUCAAAUUCCUUUGUGAGCUGCGGAAGAGUGGAGUGGCCUCUGAGAACAUGAAGCUGGUCAAGGUGCAUGGAGGGACAACGUCAGAGAUGAUUUACAACAAAGUCAGAGAAGCAGAAAACAUUGCUUCUGUCAACAAGCUUGACUAUGGAUUUGACUCUGUUCUUUUCUUUGAUGAGGCCAACACUACUGAGGCCAUCAGCAGUAUUAAGGAGGUCCUUUGUGACAAGACAGUCAAGGGUGAAAGUUUGAUACCAAGCUGUGGAUUGCAGAUUAUCGCAGCAUGCAACCCUUACCGAAAGCACACAGAUGAGAUGAUUCAGAGGCUAGAAUCUGCUGGCCUUGGGUACAGAGUUCGAUCUGAAGAGACAGAUGAAAAACUUGGAUCUAUCCCUCUCCGUCAGUUAGUCUAUAGAGUUCAGGCAUUGCCACCAAGCAUGAUCCCUCUGGUGUGGGACUUUGGACAGUUAAAUGAUCAUACAGAGAAAACAUACAUCCAGCAGAUUGUGCAAAGAGUGGUUGAAAACAAAGCAAUUGAUCAAGAUUACAUCAAGUGGAUCACUGAUGUCCUUUCAGCCUCACAGAAGUAUAUGAGGACAAGAAAGGAUGAAUGCAGCUUUGUUAGCCUGAGAGAUGUAGAACGUUGCAUGCAGGCUUUUGUUUGGUUCUAUGACAACCACAACAGAUUUUUUGCAGAGCUUGAAGAAUUUGAGAGUAAACAAAGUGCUGAUAAAAAUGAAAGGCAUCAGAGGCAGUCUGAGUUCAGAGACCCCGUUCUCUGGUCUCUAGUCAUGGCAAUUGGAGUGUGCUAUCAUGCCUGCCUAGAAAAUAAGGACAAAUACAGACAGAAAAUCAGCAAAAGCCUACCAUCACCCUACAGCCCAGCAAAGGUAAUGCAGGAAAUCUCACUCAUGCAGGAUUUACUUUUGAGUGGUGUGCCGAUGGGGGAUACUAUUGCAAGAAACAGUGCUCUCAAAGAGAAUGUCUUCAUGAUGGUUCUCUGCAUUGAGCUAAGAAUCCCUCUCUUCUUAGUUGGAAAACCCGGAAGUUCAAAAUCUCUGUCUAAAACUCUGGUGGCAGAUGCAAUGCAGGGCCAAGCUUCUCAUUCUGACCUCUACAAAAUGCUCAAACAGAUCCAUUUGGUGUCUUUCCAGUGCAGCCCUCACUCAACACCAGAGGGCAUCAUUAAUACAUUCAAGCAAUGCGGACGCUUUCAGGAAGGAAAGAACCUCGAUGAGUACAUUUCAGUUGUGGUUCUAGAUGAAAUUGGCCUGGCCGAGGACUCUCCAAAGAUGCCACUGAAAACCCUUCACCCACUGCUAGAAGAGGGCUGCAUUGAUGAUGAGCCGCUACCACACAAAAAGGUUGGAUUCAUUGGUAUAUCCAACUGGGCCUUAGACCCUGCAAAAAUGAACAGAGGCAUUUUUGUCUCUCGUGGUGACCCUGAUGAGAGGGAACUUAUUGAGAGUGCUAAAGGCAUAUGCUCAUCGGAUGCAAUGAUUUUGGAAAAGGUCAGGGAUUUCUUCCAACCCUUUGCAAGAGCCUACUUGAACAUUUGCCGCAAACAAGGCAAAGGUUUUUUUGGCCUACGUGACUAUUACAGCUUGAUUAAGAUGAUUUUUGCAGUUGCCAAGGCUUUUCAGCGGAAGCCCACAGCAGAGGAAACCAUGAAGGCAGUGUUGAGAAAUUUCAGUGGCAGGGAUAAUGUUGAUGCAGUUACUGUCUUUACUGAAAGACUACAGAUUGCACCCAACCUGGAGAACAUCAGUGCCAUUGAGUUUGUUAGAGAAAACAUUCAGGCAGUUUCACAGGAAGAAGAAUGUCGGUACUUGCUGGUACUAACAAAAAACUACGCAGCCUUACAGAUCCUGCAGCAAACCUUCUUUUCAGAAAGUGUUCAGCCAGAAAUAAUCUUUGGAUCCAGCUUCCCGAAAGACCAAGAGUAUACCCAAAUCUGCCGCAAUAUCAACAGAGUAAAGAUCUGCAUGGAGACGGGUCAAACAGUUGUGCUCCUAAACUUGCAGAACCUCUAUGAAAGUCUCUACGAUGCUCUCAACCAAUACUAUGUAUGCUUGGGAGGACAGAAAUAUGUUGACCUUGGACUGGGAACCCACCGUGUGAAAUGCAGGGUGCACAAAGACUUUAGGCUUAUUGUCAUUGAGGAAAGAGAGGUGGUCUACAAGCAGUUCCCAAUACCUCUCAUCAACAGGCUCGAGAAACACUACCUAGACAUUCACACUGUCCUCAAAACUGAGCAGAGGAGGAUGGUGGAUGAAUUGGAGAGAUGGGUGAAACGUUUUGUGUCUCUCAGCAGUCAACACUUAGCAGUGGCUCAGACAUACAAGUACCAACCCCCAGAUGUCUUCAUUGGCUACCACUCAGACACAUGUGCUUCUGUGGUUCUUCAUGUAAUAGAGAAGCACAAGGACAGUUUUGAAAUCUCAGAUUCCGAGAGGCGAGUACUUGACGAAGCUAAACUUGUACUGCUCAAAUGUGCUACACCAGACUCAGUAGUGCGGUUGGACUGCACAGGCCUCCCCAAAGUGGAGAGUGAACAUCUAGCCAGGGUCUACUUUGAAGAGCAGAAUAACAGCUGUUUGGCUGACUACAUACUUGCUCACACAAGACAGGAAGUCUGUUGCUGCCCCUCCUUCACAGAGGUGACAACAUUCUCCAGACUUUUGACGGCAUUUGACUUGGAACCACUGGAGCAAAUGUUACAUAAUGUUGAGCUUCUCUCACUUCAGCAGUUUGACACAGAGCACUCUUUCCUGAAGAAGAUCAGGAAUUUCCUCACAGCUGAAAAUGGAAGCAGUCACACUGGACCCUGCAACAAGAUCUUAAUCAUUCAGUGUGAUUUUGAUGAAGCCUCUCAUAGUGCCAAUCUCAUUGCAUCUGCAAAGUAUUCAUCCAUAAAUGAAAUCAACAAAAUAACUCAGGAAAGCAUGGGAAGCAAGGUGUUUGUCUACUUUAUCACCAGACUACCAAGAAUGGAAGGAGGGGCUUCCUACGUUGGCUUUCAUGGAGGACCCUGGAGAUCAGUUCACAUUGAUGACCUCAGACGGUCAAAAGACAUUGUUUCAGACAUCAAAGCCUUGCAAAACAUGACAAUCAGUCAAAUCUUUGAAACAAGGAUGAGUCAGCCUGAAGUCAUGAAGGCUGAUGAUAUGUACAUAGAGAAUGAGCAGGAGGAAACAGAGUUCGGGGAAAAGUGCUGCGACAGUGUUCUGGACACUACAGCAUUGCUGCGGAGCUGUGUGCAAAGUGCAGUGGGCAUGCUGAGGGACCAGGUGGAAAAUGGCCUCCGCAGUACUCAAAGAGUUGAGAUCCUACUGACACUCCUCAACGACAAUGAGGCAAUAAAAGGUGAAUUUCUGCAAACUGUGAAAAGGCAUCUUCACUCAUUGUUGGCAAUUUAUGAUGGCAACACCUUCUCAUCCAUCAAAAGCAACUGGGUCAUUAAGGAGGCCUCAAACAUUGAUGCUUUGCAGGAAGGAGGCACUUUCAGGCACACCUUAUGGAAACGCGUUCAGGCUGUGGUUGUCCCCCUCUUGGCGCAAGUGGUUUCAGUCAUUGACCGUGACCAAAACUUGGACAUCUUGCUAGAUAGGAACUGUGAUGAAUCUGUUAAGAGGCUGUGGUUAGAUAUCUUUGGCAAUGAUAAGAUUCUGGAGAUCCCACACCUAUCCCCGAACCCCAAUUCUGAGACAAGAACAAUCCUUGUACAGAACUAUAUUGCCCAAGACAAGAACAUGAGCUGUACCAUGCCCUUCAGUUGGAGGAUCAAGGACUACCUGGAGGAACUCUGGGUUCAUGUGCUUCAACAUGAAGGCCACACUCCACGAGAGUUUGAUGAGUUAUUCUGGAAGACACCAGUGGGACGAUACAUUGCGAAAGCAGACCCAGAGAUGCAGACAGAGUUUUUUCACCGCUACCUUCAGGAUUUUAUUUCCAUGACAAUGAACGUGACUUGUCAGGAAGAUCUGCAGCUCCUGUGUGGUGCCUUGAAUUGUUGUGUCAGAGAGCUGCGAUUGCGGCUCAAUGACACUGAAACAGUGACAUCUCUUCCGUGGGUCCAUGCUGCUUAUCAUGAGUUCAAAAACCGGCUGCAGAACCUCUCCAGAAUGAUCUGCAUUGAGCCCCAUGUGGCCCAGGACCUCUUGAGGAAUCGUCAUGCCAGAGACGGCGUCGAACUGGUUCUCGAUGUGUAUGCUGCUUUUGCCUGUGUGGAGUACCUGGAGCCUAGAGUCCUGGACACAGAAGCUCAAAGACAAGCCUGGCUCAGGCAGGUCAAAAAACUCCAGGUUCCUAUUGAGUUGAUCUGUCUGGAGGACAGUGUAAGACGUUAUGGAGAGAGGAGCAAGACAAUUGUCUGUAGAGUCCAAGCUGGAUGGAAUCGGAUAUUUUCUCUCUCUCUGUUUGUGGAGCAUGUGUUGUUUGGCAUCGAGGAGGUGGAGAAGGAGCUGUUACCUCUUGUUUUGGAGCAUACAAAAGGGCUUGGCCAGAUACUGGAAAAAAAUUCAGACCUCAAAACUAAGCAGUCAUUUGAGGCAGUUAUUGGUUUGCUCAAAACCUGCAAAGAUGGAGCUGUUGCACGCAUAUUCAGGUUUGGUCUUACAAUGUGCCCAGUGUGUAUGGGAGACCCUCAAGAUCCGCUCUGCCUCCCAUGUGAACACAUCUACUGUGUGGCCUGUAUCAAACAGUGGUUGGGCCCUGGUCAGAUGUACUGUCCCCUCUGCAUGCAGCCAGUUGAUGAAAACUUCCCCAUGGUUCCUUCAGAUGCCAUAAGGGUUCGCAUCAACCAACAUGCUCAAUUCAGGAAGCAGUGCAAUGCUUUCUUCAUAGACCUGGUGUCUAUUAUGUGCUUCAAGGACAACUCUCCCCCCUGUUCAGCUGUCAUACUUCAUUUGCUGUCCUUUCUCAUGGUGGAGGCCAACACUGUUCCCAUUCUGAGAGUUAAUCGACCAGUUCUGACAAAGGUCCUCUCUCCGUUCGAUGACUCUGUGGAUAAAAAUCCAGUGGUUCGGUCAGUGGUGCUCAAACUCCUACUGAAGUACAGCUUUGACGAAGUUAAAGGUUACCUGCAGCAGCAUCUGAUAGCAGUUGAGCAGAGCAACAUCUUGGAGGAGACGGACAAAACUGAGCUCCACUGCUUGUACAUUAACUGCCUGGAGGAUUCCAUGUUUGAGAGGUUGCAGUUCAGGUCCAUUGCCGACCAGCAGGUGUGUCUCCAAGAUGAAAGUGCCUUCCUGACUGAUUACCUGCAAUCACAUGGUCAGUCUGGUGAAACAGCCACUGUAGAGUACUUGCAGCAGGUGGCUAGAGUGCGUAUGGACCUGGAUUUGGCUGCAAGCCUCAUCAUGGAAAAACUAGCCAAUGAGUCCCAGGAAGGUGGACAACAUGGAACCACAGCAUUCCUGACCAGCGUGGUGAACUUGUGUAAGCGCAGUGGAAACGACUGGUAUCGUGUUUACUUGAUCCGUAAGAUAUGCAGCCAACAUGGAGUGGAGUUUGUCCUGAAACUCCUCAAAAACGAUCAAAUGCGCUGGCUAUUCCCUGAAGAAGCUCUGCAAAAGAGUGAAGAAGCCACUGCAAUAGACCAGUAUCUUGUGUGUGGGGAAGACUACAAGACUAUCAGAAAUGCUGUUGCAAGGGGGGUUAUGGAGGGCAAAGUGGACGGACUGGAUGAGACUUGUGAGGGGUGCAGAUGCUUACCACAGUGGAAAACAGUUUACCUUCUGUUGGCGCUGUACAGAGAAGUUACCACUCUCUACAGAGAAGCCAAUGCUAACUUCCAUCCGAAGCCUGAGAUUUUGGAAGCCCUGACGACCUACAUCGAGGCCUCCAAAUUCCUUGGCAGCCCAGAGGUGAAAGCCUUUGCCGUGGCUCUGGUGACCAACCAGCUUGGGCUGUUGACUGUUCGUCUUGGGGCUUCUGGCGCCCAGUGUGUGUUGGUGGACUUAACUAUUCAUCUGACUGCUGUCUUGCUCUGUGGGAACCAGGGGAUCUUAGCUCCCCUCCAGCAACUAGCAAGGGCACCUGCCAACAUGCAGGCUGCCUUCUUGCCCACCAUGCCAGAGGACAUGUUGCAAGUGGCUCAGCAAGUUCUGGGAUCGUUGCGGUGGUACUGUUGUCCAAAUGGUCACCCCUGCACCGUUGGAGAGUGUGGCCUACCCUGGGAAAGAAGUCAUUGUUUGGACUGUGGUGCUGUGAUUGGAGGAAACGCUCACAUCGCUGUGCCGGGAUUUCAAGUUGUUCAAUUGCAGGGUGACCGUACUCAGACAGGCCACAUCCUUGGCGACCCAGGUCGCAGGGACAAUCCAGACAUGCUAGACACGAAGAGCAUUUCCCCGUUUCCAUUCAACAUUGUGCGCCUGCUCACUCACAUGGCCAUGCUGCUUGGUGCCUGUGAUCACCCACAGUCUAUCUCAGCCAUCAUCAAACCUCCAGUUCCUGACCCCGGAGCAUUUCUACUUGCCCAUCUGCAAAAGGACGUGGAACAUCUUAUCAGAUCUCUUGGCAAAGGGACAGACGACACAAUCAGCACUGUUCACCUGCUCAUCAGCAGCCUCCUGGAACCUCACCAACAAAAAUGGCCUGCUCCUUAUGACAAUCAGUUCUCCACCAAAGAGGCUAGAAAUGGAUGGGAGAUGGAAGUGAGCAAUGCCAUCAUCAUACCUCAGCUGAAGCACUUGGAUAAACAUUUAAAGGAAGCGAAUACAUUCAUCCGGGCUGACUCUCGCAUCUCUGCCAAUCCAAUCAUGAAGCUCGUGUUUGGUGAUCCUCGUCUCUUCUUGGCCUCACUUCCCCAAAAUUCUCUGAUCCAUAGCUCUGCCGUGUGGAGCUGCAGGGAGAAAGUUUCUCUGUUGACCCUCACCCAUAUUGUAGAGCAGAAUGAUGGCAAAGACACCCUGCCUGUACUCUGGAGAUUUCUGCAUAGGGAAGCAGAGCUCCGACUGGUGAAGCACCUUCCUGACAUCGUCACACUCCAGACGGAUCUGGUUAAGAAGUUUCAAAACAUCACUGAGCUGACUUGUGGCACCAUUGCUGAAUUCCUCCACAGUCAGAAAGCAGUUUCGCUGAAAACCUGGUAUGAGAAAUACGUCAAAAUCUUCCUGACAACAUGGAAUCAGCUCAGAGUGUCCCUGACAACCAAUGGUGAGAUUAAGAUCCCAGCUGAGUUCUGCCAGAAGGACCUGGACCUCAACAGUGACUUCAAGGUGCUGUUGCCGCGGCGACAAGGCCCGGGCCUGUGCUCUACAGCGCUUGUCAGCUACCUCAUCGCCCUUCACAAUGAUAUGGUCUACUGUGUGGAUAAACACACUGGAGAGGAGACCAGCUACAAAGUGGGCCCUGCAGAUCUGACUGACCUGCAUGUGAUUCGGUACGAGCUGGAGAGGGACCUGAUGCCCCUGGUUCUCUCCAACACCCAGUACAGCAUCGAGAGAGGCCAGGAGACGCUUCAUGAGUUUGACUUGCCCAAGAUCCAGCAGCAGAUUGUGUCCCGUUUCCUGCAGGGCAAACCUCUCAUCACUCUCAAUGGCAUUCCAACACUUGUGAACCGACAUGACCGCAACUAUGAGAUUAUCCUGAAGGAUGUAAAAGCAAAAGUAAAGCAAGAGCCUCUUCAGACUCUCACCCUGUUCGGCGUGGCUGGAGAGCUGCACUCGUACAGUGAGGUGUGUGAGGCCUUGUCCACACUGGAAGUGACCCUUGGUUUCCUUGCCAUGACUGGGGGAGAACCUCACAUGCAGCUGUCCUGCUACCUGGAGGAGGUUCUGCAGAUGGGAAACCAGAUGGCUCCGCAUAUCCUCAAGGCCCUGAGCAUGUGCUGUCUAAAGCAUUGUGUGGCGCUCUGGCAGCUGCUGGCCUCACUCAAGUCAGAAAAUAUGCUGCGGCUCAAGAGGGAUCCAUUUGUGGGAGUCUCAGAGAAGUACAAACAGGCUCUGGGUGAGGACGAGCACAGGCUCCUGACUGGCUUCUUCUCUAAGAGCAGCGCUGACACUUUCCUGCUGGAGAUGCACGAGUUCCUGGUGCUGGUCCUUAAAAAGCCCAACGCUCCUGAUACCUACAGGCCUGACUGGGGCUUAAAAGACACACUAGUGUCUUACAUGGAGCGCAAAGACCUGGACGUUCCCCCUGAUGUGGAGGAGCUCUUCCCAGCUGAGAUCUGCCUCUCCCAUUAUGUGGAAACCUGGAAGUUCAUUGUCGGCUUUAAGGAGGAGCGCGGUCAGAGGCAGUGAGAAUGAGAUGAAAGGAGUGCUUUUUUUUUUUCUGCCUUUUUUUUCUGCCUU